ACUCGUUAUCAGGGACCAUCCCCGUCGAGCAUAUGAUUAGUCUGUUUUAGUCCCUGAUUUCCCACUCGAACAGUCAAACUAUGUAAACAAUUCAAUUCUUUUCCCUUAUCAUCUCACCUUCCAUGACCUUCCUCCUUCUACAUCUCUGAAUUUACAGAGUUCUUCACGUCAAACCUAUCAUGGUGCUUCGAUGGGUUGUUAAUGCCGGCCUUUUGGCCAUCCCCAUCGGAGGCACUGUAGGUGCUUUGAUGGGAAUCGAUGCGCACCGACAUGCGACAGGACAAGCUCCUCUUUUCAGCGGCGGCGGCGGUUCAGGGUCGGGCUCGGGCUCGGACUCCUCUGGCUCUGUUCCUCCUGGUGGCAGUGGUAGCACUACUCAUAAUGGAGUGGCCAACACAAUGUACUGCCCGAAAACCCCCUACGGAAUCACGCCUGAGACAAAAGGACAAAGCUUCACAUUAAAUCCCAAUCCAUGGGGUGUGACCGGCGAUACAGUCGGAGCAUUAUGCAUGAACGUCACAACCUUCGAUAACGGGACAUACGCGACCAAGAACACAGCACCCGAGUUCUCCGUUACAUGGCAAUACGACCCCAGUCUGUCGACCCAACCGGUCCACGCCUACUCGAACGUGAUGAUUGAUGACGGGUUGCCCAUCUCUCUGGAGAAAAUUCAGCAUAUGAAUGUCGAUUUCCACUGGACCUACGGAGUAGGCAACACACCCGCUGAGGCGACAAACGAGGCGGAACUGACUGCCGCAUCUGUCAAUACGAACGUCGCCAUCGAUAUGUUCAUGAGCCACGAAGAGAAAGUAAAGGACAGUUCCGAUUAUACACAUGAAGUGAUGGUCUGGUUUGGGAAGUUCGGGCCCGCCACGUACGUCCUUGGACAAGACGGUGGCGUAGUUGCGACCAAAGAGCUGAAUGGAACUAUUUUCAACCUAUAUUCUGGCCGGAACGGCAACAACCAGUGGGUUCUGACGUGGCUUACGAGCGACUCUUCGAACGAUCCUGAGGCGAAGGGGAAAACUACGGAAACGUUCACCGGUGAUCUCUUACCUCUGAUCACCGAUCUAUACUCCAUGACUGGGGAGGCUUACCCGUCAAAAUCCGACUACAUGGGUAUCUUCCAGUUCGGUACCGAGGCCUUCCAUUCAAGUACGAAUGUCACAUUUUGGGCACCCAAAUUCUCGGUAGAUCUGCAAUGACGAGAAUGAGGAGGUGUAUGUAUAUUUUCUUUUGUUCAUGAGCAUUUGGGAGUUUUGAGGGAAUCCGAUCGAACAUAGAUAAUGAAGCAUUGGUAUAUUGUCAUCACAGAUGAGAACGGCACUUGUAAGGGCCAAGCCGGGUUGCCUAUACUGUUUACAAACAUAUGGACUAUGCAAAUUAUUGGAAGCAUUGCGUACGAUACGCAGAAUCGCCAUUACUGGGA